UGCGUUCUCUGAAAGGCAAAGGAGAGAACUCUCUCAUAAGACAAAUCACUGGCGUAGGAAGAAGUGAAGUGGGAGACAUGACUGAGGCCAUAGCUGAUACAAGGAGGUUGUUCUCCAAGCCUCAGAACUUAAACGACGCCUAUGGACCUCCGAGUAAUUUUUUAGAGAUUGACGUGAGUAACCCACAGACGGUCGGCGUGGGUAGAGGAAGGUUUACUACAUAUGAAAUUAAAUUGAAGACCAACCUCCCUGUUUUUAAGCUGAAGGACUCCUGUGUGACGCGACGAUACAGUGACUUUGAGUGGUUGAAAAGCGAGCUGGAGAGGGAAAGCAAGGUUGUGGUUCCCCCUCUACCUGGGAAGGCUUUGUUCCGCCAACUUCCAUUUCGAGGAGAUGACGGGAUUUUUGAGGAUGCUUUCAUUGAAGAGAGACGGCAAGGCCUGGAACAGUUCAUAAACAAAGUGGCAGGACACCCCUUGGCUCAAAACGAACGCUGCCUCCACAUGUUUUUACAAGAUGAGUCUCUGGACAAAAAUUACACACCCUCCAAAGUCCGACAAGCCUGAUUUUUAUUGCAAGUUGCUUUGAUUAUGUCCAAAUUGUGUAUCCCAAAGUUGAGAGUGAUCCGUUUUAAGCCUUGAUUGAAAUAUUUUCAGAUCAGAGUUCUUUAUUUUGCUUAAUACACAAUGCUUCUGUUUUAAAACUGAACUCUGAAGCAAACAGUAUGGUUAAUACAUGAUCUACUCUUGAAAUAUCACAAGUUCAGUGUGAAAUGUUGUCUUUACCAGUAAGGUAUUUUUCUAAUAUAUAUUCUGUAUUGCAAAAUCUGUCAUUUUAAUGAACAACGCCCAUGCUACACUACCAUAUCUAAUCCACAUGCACAAACUGCCUCACCUGUUCGCCAUUUGGCUGUCUGCACAACUCUUGUUCACUUUAUGAUGUAUAUUAUGUGUGCAGUCUACCAGCACUUGGAGCCUGUAAAUGAAUUUCUAUCAAGAACACACUGAGGCAAUAAGAGACUGUCAUUUUUAAAAGUUUGUACACUGCUGUGCCAUUUUGUUUUAAAACUUUCCAAUAAAACAAGUGGAACAAA